CAUACAUAAUACACCCAAGAUGGAAGAUACUAUUUCCGACAAGGUCGAUAAAAGGAGAGGAAUAUGUAGUCCGGUGAGUACGUCAGCGGUCACAAGCAGUACUGGUGCUCCGGUCAAGUCGAACAUGAGUGGUGGAUGGUGUAAAGGCCUAAGUGACUGUUUAAUUUUGGGGCCUAAAGUCUCACGCAACAGAAAACAUGUUCAAACAUCGCAAUAUCACCACCUUCACCAGGAAAAGGUAAAAGAAAGGGAGAAGGAAUUAGAGAAGCAGAAAGAGAUGAAGGAGAUGUACAAAAUGAGACUUGAAAGGACACAAAAUUAUUUGAGGUAUUGUCUUCAGGUGGCACAAGGUAAUGGUUUUCUGGACUUGAUCAUCAACAACAACAACAAAGAAAAAGAACAAGAGGCAGCUGCAGCAGCCAGUAGUACUACUACUACUAUUCUCCAUGCCACUGCCAGUCCCCAAACACCACCCCAACAGCAACCCCACUCUGAUAUAACCUACCUAAUUCACCAAGCCAAGUUGAAUGGUUGGUAUAUUGAACCUCACGAGAUUGAAGUGGAAGAGGAAGUGGCUAAAGGAAGCACAGCAAAUAUAUACAGAGGAAGAUGGAGGGGACACGAAGUUGCUGUGAAAUGCAUAUUGCCUGAGUUCUUUCUCUGCAAUGACAAUGGUGUCAGCUUCUUUGCCCAAGAGGUUGAGACACUAUCGAGGCAACGACACCGCUUCGUGCUGCAGCUGAUGGGGGCAUGCCUUGAUCCUCCACACCAUGGAUGGAUAGUGACAGAGUUAUUAGCCAUGACACUAAAAGAUUGGCUACAUGGUCCUGGUAAAAGAAGUAAACAAAGAGGUGUUCCUCUUCCACUUAUUGAAGAAAGACUUGCUAAAGCUUUGGAGAUUUCACAGGGCAUGCAGUAUCUUCAUGAGCAUAAGCCCAUGGUGAUUCAUCGUGAUCUCAAACCUAGUAACAUUUUCUUGGAUGAUUCAAUGCAUGUUAGGAUUGCAGAUUUUGGACAUGCUAGGUUCUUGAACGAUGAUGAAAAGGCUUUAACUGGAGAAACAGGAACAUAUGUAUACAUGGCACCAGAAGUGAUUCGUUCAGAACCUUAUGAUGAAAAAUCAGAUGUCUAUAGUUUUGGCAUUAUUCUCAACGAGCUACUUACUGGAAAAUAUCCUUAUAUUGAAACUCAUUAUGGUCCUUCUAAAAUUGCUUUGGAAGUUGUAGAAAUUGGAUUAAGACCACAACUUGUGGAGCAGAAUGAGCGAUUUGAAGAGCUAACACAACUCAUACAACUCUCAUGGCAUGAAGAUGUUGCACUUAGACCUUCUUUUAGAAUUAUAACAUCUACUCUCACAAAGAUUCUCGAUAAAAUAACACAAAAUAGCAUUUAGAUAAUGCUUUUUUUAACGAAAAAAUGCUUUGUUUUCACUCUGAACUAUACACGAAAUUGUUGAGAUACAUUCGAACUUUAGGAAGAUCUUAUUACCCCGACUAAUUAAAACCAUAUUUUUGACAACCUUAGUGCCUACGUGGCACAUC